CGAACCCCACCCCGUACGCCGGCCGAGCUGCCUGGCAACAUGAGAGAGAGAGCAGGAAGGUCUGCUGCAGCGAAGUGAGCAACCUACACACUGUGGACGUACAAAAAACAGCCAGAAACAACUCUCAGCCGAACCAUGGAGGACACGCAGAAAGGUCAGCAGCCGGACUCAGUCCCAGAGAUGGGAGAAGAUGCAGUGACGUCUGUCAACCCCUCUCCCCCUGUCCAGUCCUUGUCAGAGGAGGAGCGGCAGGAGCUUCAGGAGGAGCUGUUCAAGGUUGAGGAUGAGAUCCAGACUCUGUCUCAGGUGCUCGCAGCCAAGGAGAGCAGUUGGCAGACAUUAAGAGAAGCUGGGCAUCACGCCUCUCAACGAGUUGAAACAGAACAUCACCAAACCUGGAGGAGGUCACCACCUCCACCGCCUUGGAGGACUUCUGAAACACUGUCUCAGGCGGGUCUGAAGGCUACAGCAGCAUUCUCCAACGUGGGCUCCGCCAUCAGCAAGAAGCUGGAGGACGUCAGGAAUGCACCAACUUUCAAGUCAUUUGAGGAGAAGGUGGAGACUUUGAAGACCAAGAUGAGUCCACCAGCAUCCUCCACCAACCCCGACAACCAGGACGCGGCCAAUCCCAGCACCGACACUUUGUCCAGUCAGCCUGAAGACUUGCCCACCCAGGAGAUGCCAAUGAACUGACCCGCCUGACCCCUCCUGACCUCCCACCACCCCCCUCCUCCUCCUCCUCCUCCUCACUUGACCCUCUAACCUCUAGACCGUCUACACUCCCCCCUAAACUUUUGUGUGCCAGUCUCCCUUUAUAGGAAACAAUGACUUACCACAGCCUUCUUUGUCAUGUAAUUGUCUGCUCUUUUUGUCUGACACGUGCGCUCACUUGCUAACCGGUGUGAAAACUGAAAGUUUGGGACGGGUGCAGGCAUGUGGUCUCGUGCCGACCGUAUAUAUUUUUUUAGAGUCUAUUCUGGCUCGCUGUGGGAAGAGUCCCACCUGCUGUUUGGCUUUCCUUUUCCUCCUGCACUCCUUUCUCUCUCUGCCUUCAUCUAAGCUGCCAAACUCCAAAGCUGUUUUUUCUUUAUCAGAGUAACACUGCUUCACUAUUGAUGUUUGGUUGAGUGUAGAAAGUUGUGCAAAUUGAGAAAGAUUGACACUUCUGAAGUUCAUUAGAGAAAGAUUUAAACUUUCUUUUUAUGUGCACCAGGCAGUUGUUGGCCUAUUGCUUCUUGCAUGGCCCUCAUCGUGUGUUGGAGUUGUAAGCACUUGUUUUGCCUCCAUUUUGGGGCCAUCCUUGGUUUACUAAAGGUUUCCAUUUUGGGGCCAAUUUUAUUUAAGUUUUCUUCAUCUUAUUAAUUUUAGGGCACCACACGAUCAUCAAAUAGUCUAACACUGUGUUUAGAAUAUGAAUGUAUGCAUUUUGUGUCAUAUACUGUAGGUACAACACUUUGUGUAAUUGAACCCACAGCGCUGAGCUACUGAUACAGUGUCAUGACCACAACCACCCACUCCAAAGCUGGUGUUUUAACACACACUUUUUCCAAUGUUGAGAGUCGGUCAGAAAAUGAUCUCCGCACUUAGAUAGCUGCAGGAAAACGGCCAAGAUCAGCAGAGCAGAGGCAGAGCAAACACGCAGCCGAGGUUCAGCCUUGACCCGAGGUGAGAGUGAAACAAAUGUCUCUUCAAGAUCCAGAGUCAAUAUUUAAACACUUGUCCAUUGUUCCUGUGUGGGAGGUAACACCUAGCCCCCUCGACCCUCUCUGUCACAGAUGAAAGCACGCCAAGGGUUAGACUACACACAGACCAAAUCAUUUUAGAAGAGUUGGUUCAACUUCAUUUGGACAUUUCCUCGUGGCUAGUUAAAUGAUUGGUCCACCACUUUGGUCUAGACUGAAAUAAGAUAAAUUGUAAUAACUUUAUUAAUUCAAUGUCAAUUUGUGACUUAUACUCACGAAGCUACCAACAUUCCCACCAGUCUCAGCUGUACUUUGUGUUUAGUGCUAAAGAGUGUUAGCACUGUGAGCCUCACAGAGCUGCCAGCAUGUAUCCAGAUACUUGUCACUGUUACAUUUCUGUCUUCAGAAGUUUCUAGGAAAUCACACCAACGAUCAAAAAUCUGCUUCUUUUAGCACACAGCAGGAUUCUAUUCAGUGUUCCCUGAACAUGCUGCUUUCAUACAGAGCAAACAGCUUUUAUGAAUGUUGAAUAAAUAUAUGAAUAUCAGCGUUACAUUUUCAACCACAGUCUCAUGCUGCUUCAUAUGUUCUUAUCCUAGAAACUAUUAAACUACUGAACAGUUAGAGUCCCACCACACACUUUUCUGGUUGGCUAAUAUGCACAGAGCUACUAAUGGAGGUUAAAUCAAGCUUGAAGGGCAAACGGAGCCAAUCUGAACACAGCCAAGGUUUUUACAGGACUUCAACACUUCUCCUCAGCCUGGUACAAGUCUUCCCCUGCUGGCCGACCACUGGCUCAACAUCAGUGGAAUGGAUUUUUAACUACUACAGCAUCUCAUGUCCUCGUGUAACAUUACUUUCUAGCCAUGACCUAGUUCACUGAGAGAAUUCAUUAAAGUCUUUUUUUUUAUCUCAGACAUGAGGGCUUUAUUUGUAUUUAGUCACACACACACACACACAGGAUUUGUUUGUUCUUUAUUUGGAACCAUGGAGUGAAGAAAUGUACUCUAAUUAAAAGUACCUCUGGAGUAAA